AUGGCAGCUCAGCUCGCAUCCAACUCUGCGCCUUCUGCUGGCAGAGGCAACGCAGUUACGCCCGCCAAUCAGCUAGCAAACAUCGCAAAGCUACUCGGAUCCCACGUCACCUUCACUGUCGGCGACAAGCAGACCCGCACCCUCUCUGGCAAGCUCUGGGCCUAUGAUCCCAGUCUCGGUGUCGUUGGACUCGAAUGCGAAUCCACGGGACUGCCGCCUCAUCUCUCAUCUGCUCCAGCAGCUGCAGCUUCCGUAGCCCAGGCUUCUCAAACCUCGCGCAACAAAUUCGCCCAGCCUAUCGCCGCUGUCGGCUUCACAAUCGUCAAGGUUUCAGAGAUCAAGAAAAUCGGAUUGCAUCAAUCAACCCAAGCAUCCAAUGGAACAAGCUCCAGAUCGGGCGCGGACAGUCUAACCCCUAUCCACCCGGUAUCGCUCAAGGCUGCUCAGUCGAGAGAGGCGGAUGCCGUUAAGCAAAGUCUUACCAAAGUCGCACGAACGGGAAAGGACGUAUCUCAACUCGGACAGCAGAUCUUUGACGCUCUUAGCAAGACCUUGCCUUGCCGAUGGCACGAAUCGCACAUCAUUGUAAUGGAAGAAGUCGUCAUAUCCGGCCCAGGCUACGAUCCAGCUUCGACCAACGUCCCAGGCUACACACAAGAGCAGCUUCAAUCCUUCAUCCAUGGCACCAACAAAGGGCCUAUUCCAGAAGGAGCACAAUCAAAAGCGAAUAGCUGGAAUCGUGUAACAAAAGUGCUGCAGGGAGAGAGGCGCAAGAUGAAAGCUGCAUAA